UGGAGCGCCGACCUCACCAUCGCCUUCGGUGACUGCUUUUUCUGCGACAAUGAUGGCUGGCCCACGCCACAAGAGGCUGGCUAUGGUCGGUAAGCGUGGGGUAUUGUUUGGCGCUCCACGUCACAGCCGGGACAAGCGCUAGCGGGGCCCUUUGCAUUGCGACAGAUCCCCCCUGCUGGCGUCGCAUCAAGAUGGCUCUCAGAUAGCAGAUAAAACAGCGCUGCUACCGAUUAUUCGCCGUUGUUUCCUCUGCUCUCUACUCCAGGUAACCGGAAGAAAGACCAGCCCUGAACAGCGCCCCGUCAUCCGGCUCCCGCAGCAUUGCGCUCCUCGGCGCGGUGAUCACUCGCUCCGUUACCAUGGCGGAGCCGACAAACACUCCAAUGCCUCCAAGCACCCCGGUGCCGGCGUCAACUCCGCGGUCCUCCUCCCCAGUGCCCGUCGUGCCGGAUCUAGCACAGAGUGCGACUACGCCUAGCUCGAGGCCAGCGACAGGCGCCGCCCCGACUCGUCCGAUUGUUCUCCACAUCGGCGACCCCGUGAAGUACAACCCAACGACAUACGCACUGUUCAGCAGCGACUUCGAAGUCGUACGGCCCAGCACCCCCGAGCGCGAGCGUGGUGAGUUCAUACGGGCGCUAAAGGAGCGCCGCUGGGGCGAAUUCAGCGCAAUAUUUAGGCCGUUUUGGGGCUCCGGCGGCGAGAUGGGGAGAUGGGACGCCGAACUGAUCGACCUACUGCCUAAGUCGGUGAGAGUUUUUGCCAGCGCUGGCGCGGGCUUCGACUGGGCAGAUACCAAGCUGCUAGGCGAGAAGGGCAUCAUCUAUUGCAACUCGGGCCUCGCAGCCGCCGAAGCCGUCGCCGACUUUGCCGUGGCCAUGAUCAUCUCCACCUUUCGACACCUCCCCUGGUGCAUGACAGCAGCGACCUUUCCCGCCCCAUCCGCCCAAUCGUCCCCCUCCCACACCGACACCCUCGCCCGCGAAGCGUUCCAAGCCUGUCACGCCCAGGCCACCGCCGCAAGCCACAACCCGCGCGGCCAUACCCUCGGCCUGAUCGGUUUCGGCAACAUUGGCCAGCACAUCGCCGCCAAGCUGGGUAACCCAUCUUUCGGCAUGCGCAUUGCCUACCACGACGUGAUCCGCAAACCCUCUUCCCUCGAAUCCGUCCUCAACGCGACCUUCCACCCAACCCUGCACUCUCUCCUACAAUCCUCGGACUGCAUCGUCCUCUGCACACCCGCCUCGCCAGACGGCCAACCGCUCAUCACAGCCACGACACUCUCCUCGUUCCGCCGCGGCACGCGCUUCGUCAACGUCGCGCGCGGCUCGCUCGUCGACGAGGACGCGCUGGCGGAUGCCCUCGAGUCUGGGGUUGUGAGCGCUGCCGCGCUGGAUGUCCAUGCCAACGAACCAAGGGUGAAUCCCCGCCUGAUACGCAUGGCUAGGCAGAUCGCGCUGCCUGGGAGCGAUGGCGAUGAUGGGAAAGGGCUGCCCGGGCCCGGGAGGGUCAUGUUGACGUGCCAUAAUGCGGGCGGCACGGUCGAGACGCAUGUCGGGUUUGAGGAGUUGAGUAUGAGGAACAUUACUGCCGUGUUAAAGGGGGAAGAUCCGGUGACGGCGGUGAAUUUGGAGUACCUGAGGAGAUGACGCAUGGCUUUAUCAGCCUUCUUGCUUUUAUUUUCCUCUCUUCACGAGGUGGAAGACUUGGCUUUCUUUAGAUUGGUAGAGUUCAAGAUCUGCAGAGAUGACUAUUACAAGAGCGAGCUGCGAUACAGCGGCAAAGUUUAUAAAGUGUGGGUAGGGUUUGGGAUGGGUUCAGUAGGGCCAUGAUGAGCCAGACGCGAGGUGCUUGCUUGAGCCGUCAUUGCUCUCAGACCAGGGCCGGGUGAACAGAGUGACAUGGAGCAUCAACGGCGUUGCCAGACCAGGUCUGUCACGCCAGAAUCGAGGUGUAGGAGGUGAAUCU